UAAAUAAGACGUCAUCAGGGCCGGCGCCAGCCUCCAAGCCUGACGGGAUUGUGGCGGUCCUGUCUCCCAACUCGGAAGCUACCGCUGCCUCUGGGACGCGCUCAAGAUGGCGACCUCGCUGGGUUCGAACACCUACAACAGGCAGAACUGGGAGGAUGCGGACUUCCCCAUUCUGUGCCAGACGUGUCUUGGAGAAAAUCCGUAUAUCCGAAUGACCAAAGAAAAGUAUGGAAAGGAAUGCAAAAUCUGUGCCAGGCCAUUCACUGUGUUCCGCUGGUGCCCUGGGGUCCGCAUGCGUUUCAAGAAGACUGAAGUAUGCCAGACCUGCAGUAAAUUGAAGAAUGUCUGUCAGACCUGCCUCUUAGAUCUCGAGUAUGGCCUGCCCAUCCAGGUUCGUGACGCAGGACUGUCCUUUAAAGAUGACAUGCCAAAAUCUGACGUCAACAAAGAGUACUACACACAGAAUAUGGAGAGAGAAAUUUCCAACUCUGAUGGAACACGGCCAGUCGGCAUGCUGGGGAAGGCCACCUCCACCAGUGACAUGCUGCUCAAACUAGCCCGGACCACACCCUACUACAAACGGAAUCGCCCCCACAUUUGUUCCUUCUGGGUGAAAGGAGAGUGUAAAAGAGGCGAGGAAUGUCCAUACAGACACGAGAAGCCUACAGAUCCAGAUGAUCCCCUUGCUGAUCAGAAUAUUAAAGACCGGUAUUAUGGAAUCAAUGAUCCUGUUGCGGAUAAGCUUCUAAAACGGGCUUCAACCAUGCCCCGUCUGGACCCACCAGAGGACAAGACCAUCACCACACUCUAUGUUGGGGGUCUGGGUGAUACCAUUACUGAGACAGAUCUAAGAAAUCAUUUCUACCAGUUUGGAGAGAUCCGGACGAUCACUGUUGUGCAGAGACAGCAGUGUGCUUUUAUCCAGUUUGCCACAAGGCAGGCUGCAGAAGUGGCUGCCGAGAAGUCCUUCAACAAACUGAUUGUCAAUGGCCGCAGACUCAAUGUGAAGUGGGGAAGAUCCCAAGCAGCCAGAGGAAAAGAGAAGGAGAAGGAUGGAACCACAGACUCUGGGAUCAAGCUGGAGCCUGUUCCGGGACUGCCAGGGGCUCUUCCUCCUCCUCCUGCGGCAGAAGAAGAAGCCUCUGCCAAUUACUUCAACCUGCCCCCAAGUGGUCCCCCGGCUGUGGUGAACAUUGCGCUGCCACCACCCCCUGGCAUCGCUCCACCCCCACCCCCAGGUUUUGGGCCACACAUGUUCCACCCAAUGGGACCACCCCCUCCUUUCAUGAGGGCCCCAGGACCAAUCCACUACCCUUCUCAGGACCCGCAGAGGAUGGGGGCUCAUGCUGGAAAACACAGCAGCCCCUAGCACAUUCUCACCACUCUGGGGCUACGUGGAAGAAAGGGCACCUAAAAAUCCCAGUAAAUGAAUCUUGGAAUAAAUCUAUUUUUCCUUCCUUUGUAGUUUCCAUGGUAGCUGAAUGUGUUCAGAUGUGGGCAGUUGGAGAGUGGCAGCCAUGCUUUCCUACACGUAUUCAGAGGAUCAGUGGACUUGAAAUAUUGAAUAAACUGCCAUUACCACAUCUGGUUACUGCUUAACAUUACUAAUACAACCUAAUGUCUGUUCGCCUAACCUGUACAGGGGACAGGCACAUGGGUGAAUUGGAAUGUUCCACAGAGUUACUAUCCUAAUAACAUGUUUGUUUUGUAUCUUUUGGGGGAGGGAGGGCAUUGACCUGCGGUAAAGAAACUUUGACCAUUUUUAUGUCCAUUGGAUAUUUUUCUUUUCAUCGUCUAAAAGCAAAGAUGACCAGCACUAAUCACUGUCGUGGCGUGAGUGUGACUGAACUCUCCUGAAGUCACACCCUCAGAAAGUCCAGGAGCAGCCAGCACCCAGCACAGCACAGAGCUCUUCAUCCUGCCCUUUCCAAACUUGAUCCAUUGCUAAAGGAAUCUGAUGGAUAGUUUGACUUCUCUACACCACCGAGAAAAGAUAAAAGCAAAAAUUACUUUUUACUCCUGUCAAUGAGAUGGAAACAGAUUGCAAGGAGCUGUGUGUUACUGAAGAAACCUGGUGUCUGGGACAGAAUUCUCUGAAAGAACUUCCUGUAAAACACUCUCACUGCGAUGAGAAGCCCCGGAGUGUGUUUGAAUGGAAGACUUGUGACCUGCAGCUGGAACUCUGCCCUUCAGCAUGGGCCUGCGUGUGUCUUCAGCGUCGUCUUGUGAUCCUCUCCUAUGGGUAGGGGACUGUCUGUCUGGUCUUAGAAUAUUUGGAUAUAACUGAACUGUAGAUGGUAAGGGAAAGUUGAUGUUAUUUUGUGUUUUUUUGUUUGUUUUUAAAUAAUUAAAA